GUGUUGAGAACGGCACACUCGCUAAGACGCGCACAGACAAACACAGAGGGAGAGACACGCGCACAGACACACACAGAGAGAGAGACGCGCACGCGUAAACGCACGGGCAGGACGACACGCGAAUGUGGCAUCUUCCUCCACGCGUUUAUCAACCUUCGAACCUGCUUCGCUGCGCGCAUGGAAACAAGCGUCAACUAUUCGGCUUAAGGAGAACACUGCGGCUAACAGAGGCAGCGCAGUGUUUAUUUGUGUACACGUACAUCUUUUAGCGCACGUGCGUGUGGUGCACGGCACGCGGACGUACAUACUGGUGUUUGACACGAAAUAGGAAAAAUCAUCAGUAGCGGCAACAGUAACAGCAUCGUCAUCUCUAGCAUCAUCACCAUCACCAGCAGCAGCACGAUGAGUGGAGAAGUGAUGUGUAGCGGAUGGCUGAGGAAGUCUCCCCCAGAGAAGAAACUGCGUCGAUACGCUUGGAAGAAGCGCUGGUUCGUCCUGCGCAGCGGCCGCCUGAGCGGGGACGCGGACGUGCUCGAGUAUUACAAGAGCGAGAGCGCCCGCAAGCCCAUCCGCAUCAUCAACCUCAACCUGUGCGAGCAGGUGGACUCAGGCCUCACGUUCGAUCGCAAGGAGUUUGAGAAGAGCUACAUCUUCGAUCUGCGCACCAUCGAUCGCACCUUCUACCUGGUGGCCGACAGUGAGCACGACAUGAAUAAGUGGGUGCGCUGCAUCUGCGACGUCUGCGGAUUCAACCCCACAGACAGCGAUGACGUGGUGAAGGUGCAGCACCCGAUGGCAGCACCGUCGGGCUUGGGCCCCCACGGCCACCACCCGGGCGGCCCGACGCCGGCGUCACUGCUCACGUCCCAGCCUCGGCUGCUGCCGCAGCGACAGGGCUUCUCCUCCCACGGGCCGCCGCCGCCGCCGCCGCCGUCGGCGGCCUUCUCGGGGUCCCUGCCGCCCAUGUACGCUCCGCAGCCCGUGCCGGUGCCCCUAGCCGGCGGGGCCCGUGGGGACCGGUGGCCCACGGCCGUGCCGCCACCGCCACGCGGCUGCGCGGGAAGCGACGACGAUCAGAGCGACUACCUGUGCCUCACGGAGUUUGAGACGGCCAAGCGCAGCAUCGCACGUGCCAAUCCGGAUGGGGCGUCAGAUAGUGAGGAGGAAGAGGAGGAAGACGAUUACCUUCUGCUGGAAGAUUUUGUAACCAAAACCCCCGAGGGCCAAGCAGACCGCGCGUGCUCGGAGCAGCAGUGGAAGGGCUGCUCGGAGACCGACUGCAAUGACAACGUGGCGUCCCACCACUCGGCCGCCUCCUUCUCCUCCAACGGCGUGGGGCCUCCGUCGCGCUUCCACACCCCCCCGCCGCGCCCGCCCAAGUCCACGUCCUCCUCGUCCUCCUCGUCGGGCUACUCGUCCGACCCGCGGGGCUACAGGGUGGCGUCGGACGGAGACGCCUUCCCGUCGGUGGCCCCGGCGCUGCCGAUGGGCACCGCAACUCAGAGGAGCCACACCAUCUCCGUGAUGGAGAACAUGCGCGCGCACCGUGCCGGUGGCAACCGCGAUCUGUUGCCCAGAGACGUCACCACAUUUGCCGACCCAGCUGAGGGUAAAUAUCCGGCAGACGACGACUCGGACGCGGAGGACAACUACGUGGCGAUGAGCGGGAGCUCGCCCACUCCUCCCCGCACCGCCCGCGACAACGGGGUUGCCCCCUCGCCCCUGCUCGCCGCUCCGCUGCUCGACUCACCGCACGACAACUACAUUCCCAUGAGCCCCGGGCUGGGGGAGGUGAGCGCGUCGCUGGGCGCGAAGAUCCCUCCGCCGGUCCACACGGGCUUUCGCUCCGCGACGCCGUCCUCGUCCUCGUCCUCGUCCUCGUCCUCGUCCGCCGGCUCUUCGGCCUCGCUCCCUCCGGGCCUCUCCUCCACGCUCCCUCGCCGGGUGCCGCCCCCGCCGACGGCGCUGCCCCAGCGUCCCGCUUCCACGAUCCCGAACCAACGCACGGCGACCACUCCGGCUCACGUGCAGCAGCAGCAGCAGCAGUCGCCGCUGGGCAGGAAUUCCCCGUCGCUGAAGCACCAUCCCCGGACCGCGCCGACGAUGACGCCGCCCCUGCAGCUGCGGCCCCUGCCCAGCAUCGUCCCCAGUCCCCAGCAGCAGAGGGCGUCCAGCUCGUCGAGCCCCGUGCUCUCCAUGCAGCGCCCGCCCGUCAACCGCGAGCUCAAGCCCGACAGGAAAGUCAAGCCUCCGCCUGUGGAUCUGCCAGAUCUGUGCAUGGUGGCUCCAAUUCACUCCCCGGAAUCCAAGAGCUUCUCUCGGCCAGACACGUUCCGCUUCUCCUCGAGCCCGCGGCCGCGACCGCCCUCCACCCACAGCACCACGUCAAGCUCGGACUCGCAGGACAGCGAGGAGAACUACGUGCCCAUGCGACCAAACCAGCCGUCGGAUAACAUGCCCAGCGCGGGUUCCAAGGCUGCAGUGGUGUGUGUUCCUCCAACUGAUGGAAUUGCUCCCUGUUCCGGAAUUAAGAAGGUGGAAUACCUAGCCUUGGACCUACAGCGGAGCACGUCACCUAAUCCUCCACGCAAGCAAAAGUCGACGGUGAUGGUGGCCGUGGUGCCCUCCGAGAGCCGCGUCGACUAUGUGGAGGUGGACCAGGAGAAGACACGGGCGCUGCAGAGCACGCGCCAGGCCUGGACCGACGUGCGGCAGUCGUCCGAGUCGGAGACGCCCGCCAAAGCGUUCUCCAGCAAGUAGCACGCGCCGCCGGUGAAGGCCAGCCCCACAGCCGUCUGGUUUCUUGCCUUCUCCUUCUUCCACGUGGAAACUAACAGCACUGCCGUUUGUGGAAGAGAGGCGAGGAAGCUUUGGGAAGAGGGCGGGGCGGCAGGACGUGCAGCUGAGCGAGCGAGAGAGGAGGCCGAUCAGAGCCGAAAGUUGCGGCCUUGCCUUAAGGACUCUGCGUUGUCCAUGAGGCUGCGAAUGGUGGUGUCUGACCUGAGUUUAGAGCCGCUCGCUCUGCGUUGUUCAGAUGUGUUGUCCUGGUGUUUGGGAGGCUGAGGAAAAAGAGUCCUUGGACUUGAACUUCAUUACGGAGGUCGUUUUUCCUUCGAAGGACUUUUACAGUAAGUCAACUGGCCUGACAUCGCACACAAGCCUUGGUCUACAGAGGCAAAGAAAACAAAUCAAUGCCCAAGAGGUAACUUUCUCACGCAGACAUGCUGUUUUUUUAAAAAAAAAUAUUCCACUCGUAGUUAUAUAAUUUAGUUAUUUACGGUUUUAAAGUGCGAAAAUGUAUUCAUCCCAAUGGAGAGAAUCGACCUCGUGUUGACCAUCGGAGAUAUAACUGGUACCGUGAGUAUUUUUUUCUUUACUCAUACUUUAGAAUGGUAGGUUUUAUUCUGCACUUGAACUAAUCAAUUAAACCUGCACGCUGAGUCCUGGUUUUGAAAUAACCACUGCCAAGUUUUUCCAACCAGAUAUGUGUAGCCUGGUUCACCCUGUCCCUCUCCUCUCGCGAAUCCUAAUGAAGUCAGCUAAAUAGACAAUAAAAAUAAUACAAUUCGAAGAUGAUGAGUAGACGCUCCGGGUUGUUGUUCUGUCCUCCUGAGGAGUGGGCGACUCCACAACGGCCGAGCACCAAGAGGUUUCGUGAAAUGGCAAAAAUUUAUUUCAAAGUUCUUCCGAAGGGCAUUAAAUUGCGUAUCCGCAAUAAUGACCAGACAUGCCCUCCGCGUCACAACACCGCAACUCAAUCUCUCAGAACGGAAUUCGCCAAAAUUUAAAUUGGGGGUGUGCCCUCUGUACUCUGCAGUACACGUGGGGCUCUGGGCCCUAACCACAUGAUCACCAUUGCCUUCCCUUAAAAUAAACCAAAAAACAACGCACCUGGCUUACCCCUAGCUAUUACAGCUGUGAAAUAUAAUACAAAAUAGGUUCCCAUAUGCUGCGGAGUGCACAAUUAUACGUGCGGUUCAUUACAGGUAAGCCUACACCGGCUAAGUAUGCAAAAGGCAUUGUCAUAUUCUUUUUACAACUUUUAUUUUGGAACUAAUUUCUUAUCGCCCAUCGGGAAGGAAUUGCGGAAUAAAAGUAAGGGGGAAAAUAAAAAAUAAUCUGUUUUGGAAUUGAUUGUUGAAUAUCUUUGGUCGUUGUGACGUGUUAGUAAUUAUUAAAUAAUAACAAUGCAUUUACUUAAGGGUGCCUCAAUUUUACAGACUUUAGCAGUGCCCGAUAACACAUGACGGUUAUAGUUUUUGUUACUCAAGCGUAAAAAAGUCUGCGUGUGUGUGUGUGUAGCAAUGAAGGUUAAAAUGCCCUUCUUGUAAUUAUCACUCUUCCAUUGUGGCAUGGUAAACGUGUGUGCAUUGCGGAGAAGUUUCGGGGAAUAUUUUUCAUUUUCUAUGAACCUGCCCCCCCCUGUUUUCUAUGAGAAAAGUUGGAAGAUUGUGGAUUUUUUUGUAACCUCCAUGCGAUUUGUUAUCCCCCCGAGUUUAGACAUGACGGUGCGUCGUAGCAAACGAGAAGUAUUGGAAUGGAGAAUAUUUUUUGUGGAAUUAUCUUUGUGUUAAGAGACAACCAUCAUAAGUCAAUGACAGUCACGUGUUGGCUAUACAGAGCUAAGAAUAUGAUGUUUUUUUGCUGAUUGCUAAUUAAAGUGUUUCUGUGCGUUUUGUUUGUUUCAAAGUGGACAACUCCAAAAAGCUAUUUUGUGUAACUACAUACCCAGUCACUAUUUAAAUACAGACCCCAGGUACAUGUAAAGGGAUAUGCGAUGCAUAAUUUAAAACAGGUUCAUGAUGAGGUAUAGAUCGAUUUAUCACAGACUUACGAACGAGUUCGGUUCCAGAGGUCUGUCCGUAAGUAGAUUUGUUCGUAAGUCCAACUACUGUCGAUUCCAACAUGCUGAACGAUAUGUACACUAAACACGGGGAAUGGCUUUAAAAGUUGUAUAAUCUCUUGUAGAUGCCACUGGUUCUUCAUGUUCUACAGAUGUAGACGCCACUGGUUCUUCAUGUGGCAUCUACAUGACAUACGGACAGGUUUGUUCGUAUCUCUGAAAGUUCGUAAGUCCAAUAUUCGUAAGUAGAGGAGACCCUGUACAGUAACUGUGGACCCCACCUGUUCCGUAUGUAUGGUAUACAGCGUUGCCCCCUCGCAUUCGUGGGCUUUGGGUGCUCCGGUUUCCUCCCAUAUUUAAAAAAACAACCUCAUGAAUUGGCUGUAAAAAACUUCAUAUAUAAAGGACCGCAGAGCUUGGGGUGGAGGGAAUUUGGCAGCAGCUCACCACAUGGCUGUUGCCUUCCCCGCUUGUCUUGGGGUUCAUCGCACCUCGCGAGUUGUUAUCUUCCGUCGCGAGUGAGCAAACACUGUGCAACGUGUUAUAACUUGAAAUGAUUAAUGUGGUGAAUAUCAGCGUACCAUUGAUUGUUGAUAUUUAACCACAUUUAAAUUUCAUAUUAAAAGGAAAAGAAAAUAAGUCAAAGUGAAAGCACAGCCUCUUAAGCACUAUAUAUUUUUUUUACACUUACAUUUUUGUGGGAAAUGUCACGAUUCACGCAUGUUACAACGUUGAAGGUUUACAGUUUUUAGAUCAUGCUACUUGUGAUACAAGAUUAGUGGUCGUGUAAGUCCUGCGUGUCGUAUAAAUUACACGCGUUUCCUCUCAUUCCUGUAUGCAUAACUGUGUACAAGCGGUCUGCAGUGCCAGUGGCAUUGAGGGGUGCAACUUAAAUACUAAACGUUCGUGACGAUAGUGCAGGACUGAUAAUGGUGGCUUGUAGAGCAUUACAGGUCAAGUCGAAAUUGUAUUCGUUCAUGAUGGACAGACUAAUCUGAAUUCUGGUAGGAGUCGCUACACGCUUUAACCAAGUUUAUUAUUUGGUGCUCUGCCUUAACCGCAGGUCCCUUUGGCUUCUCCACACUUAUCUGUCCUCAUGCCCACAAACAACUCCUCCAUUUCCUCCCACGUCCCUGUCCUCGGCAAUAUUCUUUGUUCGUGUUCACUUCCAUUCUUCAUUCGACGACGUCCUUCUUCAUCAACCCCCGUGCCCUCGUAGAUUGCGAGGGCACGGGGGUUGAAUGCAAGGGCACCUCAGAUUGGCACGGUUGGACGCGUAACGGUGCGAAAGAAAUUCAACAUAGUACAUAAAUACGUCGAAUGCUGUUCUUCUUUCUCCUUCCGAGGACUUCCAUUGUUCUUUUUUGUUGAUGUCAUUCAAGAUCUCUUAAUUGAUCAUCUUCUCUGUCCAGCUCACUCUCUGCAUCCACAUCCACAACAGAAUUCACGAAACGAGUUUUGAAGCGUUUUCUCUGCAACAUAAAACUGGAAUCACGAUUUCUUAUUAUGCGUCCGGGCAGGGUGCUAACGUUUAGAAGCCACAAAAGGCACACACACGUGACCUUACCAAGACAACGCUCUCUCCAAAUCUACUGCAGCAAGACUCUGCAGAUGUGUGCAGGGUGCAGUGUACUUGUGCCAAGCACAGGUACAGAAUAGCUGACGGUAGUUAACCAGUCGUUUGAGCUGCCUGUGUAUGAAGUCUGUUUUUGGUGCAGUUUGCAAAUGUUUUGUUGUUAAGGGAACUACUUUUCUGUCCACAGAUAUAGUGCAACAGCCUUGACAUGAAUGAUCCCGAUUUAAAGCUUUCGUGACUGCAGUCAUUCAUAUUCUUAGCUCCUUCAACGUGACUUUACCGAAAGAGCUAAGAAUAUGAAUGAUCCCGAUGGGUUUCUGUAAAGGCUGGCUUGUGGGGACGAACAUUUUAUUAAAAGCCAACAUUGGGCAACAAACACAAGUGUCUAAAUGUGACCACACCUCAAGACGACGUACAAAAUGCCAACACGUGCAUGUUAGUAUAUUGUGGGGAAAGGGAUGAGGAAUUUUCGUUCCAUAAAAGGUGAUGUAAAGUUAUGGAGGAAGCCAAGCUGUGGAAAGUGAUUUCAGUGCUGAUCAAAACAUUUGGACAAGUAUAAAGGGAUGGAACUUCCAGAGGAUUUCCAUGAAGGAGAUACGAAAUCAGCUCUUGUACAGGUGCUAUAUGGAUCGUUGCAUCGCAAGACCAUGAAAGAUGGGGGUAGCUUGAGGAGGCAUUCAUCCAAGUGGACUGAUCAAUGAUAAAUAAUCAGAGGUGGUCUUCAGCCUCGACUUGAAAAGAUGGAGUGAGCAGUGCAGACAGAGAUGAGUUUCAGUGGGGGCAGUAGCAGAGAUGGAGUGAUCACUCUUUAAACGCAGUUUGAAUGUUAACUCUAGCAAGCCUUCGCCGGUGACACACAACAUUUUAUGGUCAGCAGUGGACAAAACAGCAGCUUUCCGGCUUUUGCACAUGUGCUUAGAUGCCUGCUGCUGAUAGCACAACUGUCAAAAUGAGUCCAGCCUUGCCCAGCAAUCAAGAUAGGCUUGCCAAGGGAUUGCCACAGAGACACGAACAGCAAUUAAUUAUUAGUGCUGAGCUUGGAAAAGCUUGUCUGGAUAUGGGUGAGCAGUAUUAUGGUAUAGGUGCAGAGUUUGAUAUUGUUGAAGGUAAAUUGAGUUGUUCAUGUACGAGUUGCCUUCUUUUUAAGAUACUUUGAGCACAUGUAUGCAGUUAACAUAUUUAUUGUCCACUUUGAUGUGUUGCCAUUAAGCUGAAAUAAUGCCAAUAAUAAAAUGCAAUGUUUUUUUUAAAGAACAA